AUGGCCACGUGCCGUGGCCACCUCCUCCCCACCCGCCUCGCCGCCGCCGUCGCGGCGACGCUCCUGUCCUUCCUCCUACCGCCGCGGCUCGUCGCCGGCCAGCCACUCGGCAACUUCUGCGGCAGCAGCGGCAACUACACCCGGAACGACACGUACCACGCCAACCUGCGGCGCCUCUCCGCCACCCUGCCCAAGAACGCCUCAUCGUCCCGGACACUCUUCGCCAAGGAGAGCCUCGGCGCCGUCCCGGACGUCGUCUACGCGCUCGCGCUCUGCCGCGGCGACGUCGCCAACGCCUCCGCCUGCGCCGACUGCGUCGCCACCGCCUUCCAGGACGCGCAGCAGCUCUGCCCCUUCAACAAGGACGCUACCGUCUUCUACGACCACUGCGUCCUCCGCUUCUCCAACCAGAACUUCGUCGCCUCCCCCACCGGCGGCGGUGGCGCGUUCCUCAUCCUCAUGAACACGCAGAACGUGUCCGCGCCGGCCAAGGUGUUCGACAGCGCCGUGGGCGUCCUCAUCAACGCCACCGCCGACUACGCGGCGGCCAACUCGUCCAAGCGGUUCGGCACGGGGGAGGAGGUGUUCGGCGGCAUCAAGAUUUACGGGCUUGCGCAGUGCACGCCGGACAUGGCGACGGCCGACUGCCGGAACUGCCUCGGUAGCAUCAUUGCGAUGAUGCCGAAGUAUUUCAGCGGGAAGCAAGGCGGCCGGAUUCUCGGACUCCGGUGCAACUACAGGUACGAGACAUACUCUUUCUUCAACGGCGUCUCCCUGCUGCAGCUCCCGGCGGCAUCGCUAGGACCGCCGCCGGCGCCAUCUCCAGCGCCAGUGAACGUGACGCCAACAGUCACCACCGAAGGAGGGAACAGAACUGGUAGGGUUUUAGCCAUUGCAUUGCCUAUAGUCGCUGCAAUACUGGCUGCUGUAGUAAUAUGCUUUUAUCUAAGGAAGAGAAAGAGGGAACGAGCAAGAAAGCCAUCAAUACCAUAUCAAACAGAUCCGGAGGACAUAGAAGAUAUUGAUUCGCUCAUUCUUAGUCUAUCAACUUUACAAGAGGCAACAAAUGACUUUGACGAGAGCAAUAAGCUUGGUGAAGGAGGGUUCGGUGCAGUUUAUAAGGGACUCCUCCCUGGUGAUCGAGAAAUAGCAGUGAAAAGGCUAUCUCAGAGUUCUCGACAAGGGAUAAAGGAGUUAAAAAAUGAGCUUGUUUUGGUUGCUAAGCUUCAACACAAGAAUUUGGUGAGACUUGUCGGUGUUUGCUUGGAAGAACACGAAAAAUUACUUGUGUAUGAAUACAUGCCUAACAAAAGCCUCGACACAAUUUUGUUUGAUCCUGACAGAAGCAGUGUGCUAGAUUGGUGGAAAAGAUCAAAGAUAAUCAAUGGGAUCGCUCGAGGCUUACAAUAUCUCCAUGAAGAUUCUCAGCUGAAGAUAAUUCACCGGGACCUCAAAGCGAGCAAUGUUCUGUUAGAUUCCGAGUUUAAUCCCAAGAUUUCAGAUUUUGGCCUAGCGAGGCUAUUUGGAAAUGACCAAUCACAGGAUGUCACAAAUCGUGUCGUUGGAACAUAUGGAUACAUGGCCCCCGAGUAUGCCAUGCGCGGGCAUUACUCCAUCAAAUCAGAUGUUUUCAGCUUCGGUGUUCUGAUUUUAGAGAUCGUCACGGGAAGGAAGAACAAUGUCUCCUACGACUCCGACCAAUCGGUUGAUCUCUUGAGUUUGGUGUGGGAGCACUGGACGGCAGGAACAGUUGCAGAGCUUGCGGAUUCAUCCUUGGCUGGGCGUUGUCCCAGAGACCAGAUCUUGAAGUGCGUUAACAUUGGGCUCCUGUGUGUUCAGGAAGACCCCAUAGAUAGACCAAUGAUGUCAGUGGUGAAUGUCAUGCUUGGCAGCAGCACUGUCUCUGUCCAGGCACCAUCGAGGCCGGCAUUUUGCGUCCAAAAGAGCAGUGUCAGCUCAGAUACGUACUCGGAACCGUACCGUGGAGGUAGCCAGUGCACAGACCGGUUGCCCAUGUCACCAAACGAGGUUUCGAUCACUGAACUUGAGCCAAGAUAAACCCAAUGUGAUGUUGAAUUCAUAUUGUACCCAUUUUUGUUUUUGUUUUUGGCGAAAGAUCUAGUGUAGGGAAAGGCCUACAUCAUACUAUGUAUUAGGCUAUUAGCAAUGAUCCAACACACAAUAAGGGCAUCAGCAAUGAAUAUGACGCAAGGUCAUAAAGUGGGUUUCACCUAUUUUGGUAUGGUUGAUUGAAAUCUUUCACAAUAUUGAAUACCUAUUGGAUGUUGUAUUAGGCUGCUGAAAAACAUUACUAUAUUUUAUUGAGCAAUUUUAUUGGCUUAAGAAUG